UCUGUCAGUCCAGAAACAUCCUCCGCGGCACUACUUUUGUUUUUCAAUCUCGUUGACGGCCGUCUCCGUCGUUGUUUCACUUUGGUUUAGUCAUAAAAUUGUGAAGUUUUUAUGCGAAAUCUCGCUGUCUUUAAAGUGGAGAAAAUAGUGAAGAAAACCAACAAAGUGAUUGUGCAAAUUUGGGUUAAUAGUGCGUUAAUCGCGUCGCCAACUAACAGCGUAGUUUAAUCUCCCAAAGAAAGAGGCGUAGCACCCUGCAGUCAACCCCCCAUCUAAAAUGUGAUGGCGAGCCUGAAGGGAGGGGAUUAACUUAAAACGUAGCUAGAUUUGAUAUUUGCAUAAAUUGUGGUUUAUUGUAUCUAGUGGUGGAGUUUUUUCGAUUGUAGGGAAUCUCGGUACUCGAAGAGUGCAGUGUUUUGAAAGUUGUCCUACGCCUACGUGAUAAAAUAUGUGAAAAGGGUUGCCCCGUAUCAAGCCGAUUGGAAGCGCUCUAGUUCGAUCCGGUACGACGAUAGAAGCUUAUCAGUGAGAUUUGGAACGCGUAGAAGCAAGAGAAAAGUUUGUUAUCAUAGUGAUAAUGAGAUUAAGAAAACAAAAAGUUUGAAAAUCUUGGAAAAAUAAUAACAGUGAACAAGCAUCCCGCAACAAUAUUGAAUUGUGAAAGAUUACGUGGGCAGCUAGAAAAAAAAGUGGAAAAUGGGAGGAAAUAUGUCAGCCUUUCGCUUCCAUAUCUUGUUGGUCACUUUUACGCUGCUGCUGCUGAUGGCGACACAAAACGCUGUGUCGGCCAAGGAAUAUAGCAUCGAGUUGGAAUCGUCCGGUUCGGUGGUGCUGGGCGGAACGAUGGAAUUCCGCGCUACCCUCCUGACGGAUGGAAAACCCGUCGAUGAUGAUUACGAGGUUUCCUGGACGGAUAACUUGAACCCACCGAACAAGCAAGGCGGAACCUCUACUAAACCAUACUUCAACUGGACCAUCACCUAUGGUAACAACGUGAAUGCUGGCAACUACGUGGCAACGGUUUCCAUUCGACAUUGGUACGCGGUUCUGUACCUACCGGCGGCCGAAAAAUCCAUUGGUUUCAAUCUUACCAGUCUUCUGAACGGCCAGAUGCAGCUGAUUCAGAACCAAAGCAUAGUCGACACGGAAUACAUAUCCAGUGUGACGCCAUUGAAUCAAACGAUCGUCCUCACUGAUAGCGAUAAACGGGUCCUACGGCAGGCGACCUACAUCCGAACCUAUUGGUUUAUCAAUUGCCAGUACAUCGGCACGUCCGAUGAGUUUACCAAGCUGAGUAAUUACACAUCGGAGAACCAGAACUACACCAUCGAAGCGUUGGUGGUGGCGUCCUUCGAUAAGCUUCCGGAGCCUACAACAACAACCACGACCACCACUACCACCACAACUACGACGACCACGACUACUACUACUACUACAACGCCAGCUACUACAACCACUAGUUCUACUACUCCGUCAACUACAACUUCCACAACAACAGUAUCUCCAAACAGUACAACGCCAGCAUCUACCAGUUCUAGUACUACGACCACCAGUACCACGCCAAAGCCGAAACCUGACAGAAGAAGACGCCAUAUUCCGUUUCCGCCAGCAGCAGGAAAUGGCGAUGUCCUCGCCAGUGUUAGCCCACUGCUGCUCAACAUGACCGAUAUACGAAGUAUCAUCCUGGACGGCGAACGGAUACCGGAUCAUCUUCUGCAGCAGGUGGAAGAUCAAACCGACGGCGGAUCGACGAUAAGUCGCAUCGUUAAAAAAUCCGAUCCCAGCUUCAACAUUGACGAUUCGCGGCAACCGUUCGUUUGUGGCAACAGUUCGAUGGUCCCGCCGGAUCCGAAGAAAACCUACGGUCAUUUCGUGCGGCAGGUCACGGUUCAAAAUCCAAUCGCCAAGUUGAACAUUUCUGGGCCGCAGUGGGUACAGCAGGGUUCCCCGGCCAAUCUGACGUUCCAGUGUACGGGAUCGCCACCGUUCAGCUUCUGCUAUAAUGUCAUUUAUGGACAAUACAACAUCACCAAGAACGAGACAUGCAGAAACUACUGGCAAGUUAGUGAAGAUAUCUGUAAGUUUAGGUACACCUCGUGGGUGUUCCAUAAGGAGCAGCAGUCGCUGGUGGUCUUCAUGAAGAAUAGGAUUUCCGAACAGAUAGUUCAGGUGGGACUGCAGAUCUACGAAAAUCAACCCAAAUCGCAACUCUCGGUCAUCGUCGUCCCGAUCGGGUUCUGCCUGCUGGCGGUGAUCCUGGUAGUGUUCGGCGUCGCCUACUACAUCCAGAACCGGGAACGCUUCAUCGUGGAGGUGGCCGACUUCAACUUUGGCGACACCAACUCCUUGGACGACGACAUGGAGUACAAGACGUUCCAGCAGCGGUUGCUGGACAGCGUACGCGAUACGGUCCGGCUGCCGCGGUUUCGACUGGGGUCGAGCGGGGCCAGCCACGACGGCGAUGACCUGUCACCGUCGGCCGUGGGCGAAAGUUCCCUGCGGUACGGCGCCAUGACCUAAAAGGACGUGGACGUGGAGGCGGUUUUCGAGGUUCGUUGGAAAAUUGUAUUGUUUUACUUUGGAGAAAUCGUCUGUGGGUGAGUAUUCGGUGGAGUUUUUGUAUUGUGUAUGAAAAGCGAAGAGCGCCGAAGUCUCUUCUGUAUUUGAAGUAAUAGAGUUUUCUCGUAAUAACGAGAUAGCAACAUUGUUUGGAACAUGGAAAACUAUUAGUGAAUUGAGUUUGUAGAAAGCAUAUUUUAUUUCUCAAGCGAAAAUUUACAUCUGCUUUCCGUGAAGCAAUAAUACAGCUGGAUUAUGAUGGAGCAGAAGAAAGAAUGAGGAAACUUGAGAAUUCUUCAAUUUAAUUCUGUCGGUCACCUUUAACACAGUGCUUUUGGAAAAGAUUUGGAGUGGAACCAUAAGCAUUGCACGAUUCUGUUUGAAAAGAUGAUUAUGCUUGCAUUGUUUCCCAAAUGUUCCACAUGUUUUUCAGUGUUCAACUAUGCUGAACUACUGUGUUCAAUUUUGUUUUGUAACAAGCUGACUAUAUACAAUAUACAUUCAAUUCUGUCACAAAUAUGUUUUUCUAAUAUAUGUAUACUGCCCCCAUUCGCACAACAGUCCCAUGUGAAUAGGAAACCCAGCAAACAUGGGACUGUUAUGCGAAUAGGGGCAGUAUAUGUAUUUCAUGCCUUCCUAACAACCCUCCACUGAUUGUCUGACGUGUUCCGAACUGAGAAGAAACUCUAUCGUAAUAUCAACAACCAAUUAGCAAAAUCAUCAAAUUAGGUCGAAACCAGAAUAAAAAAGUUGAGAAAACUCCCCUUCUAAAAUCUAAAGACUGUUUUGCAAAUUAGACAUCGCUUGAGUGGCGUUGGGGCAUCUCUCAGCAAACAGAAACUCUGAGGAAAGCUUCCGAAUACGUUCAUUCAAGCAACCGAAAAACUAGAAUCAAUUCCAAGUAUGGAUACUUCUGAACACAACAAAUGUAUCCUUUUCACUCGGCCUUUGGUUCAAUCAUAGUAACUAGUUUUAAACAUAUGUUUUAUCCAGAAAUUGAAACUGAAUAAUUAAUCAAAAUGUGAUAUGUUCUUAUAUACGUUUGCGAUAAGGAAUUUUUCAAUAACCAAAAUUAUAUAUUUUUACCUUGUUUAUCGCCUUAUUUUAUGCUUAUGUUUAUUAUCACCCUUGGUUGAGUAUCGCACAUGGCACAUCUAUCAAGUUCCAACAAAGACAAAAGAGUGCGUAAAGGCGCGAACGUUUGCAUUGAUUGUAUAUAGUCUUUUCUAUUGUGUAACACUACUUUAAGCUAGCACCUACAAAACUGUUGAGAGGAAAAUUCGAAUGUAUAUUAUAUUCAGCGAAAAUUGACACAUAGUCUUAGUUAAAAUUUUAUUCAAAAGAGUCUAUGCUGAAGUGAACACACGAUUGGAAGUGUUGAUUUAUUUUUUGAUAGUGUUACAUUUAUGUUCUCGAAAAACGGUAGAUAGAAAUCACCAUUUGGACGCUUGGAAUAAUUCGAAAUUAAGCUGGAAAUGCGAUUGAGUAAAUGCACUGAUAAAACUUAUUGUAGGCUUUAAAAAACAAGUAUGAUAUAGAGAUACAGAUGAAUGAAUGAA